GGUCGGCGUGUCUGUCAGGGGCGCGCUCGGGUAACCUGUAACGCACGUAGUCAGCGGUUACCGAACGAAGUUCCAGUGGCGAUUAGCAAGUCAAGUUAAAAUGUCCCCAGAAGUGGCCUUGAACCGAAUUUCUCCUCUACUCUCCCCAUUCCUAUCGAGCGUGGUCCGGAAUGGAAAAGUGGGACUGGAUGCGACAAACUGUUUGAGGAUUACUGACUUGAAAUCUGGCUGCACAUCGUUGACUCCUGGACCUAACUGUGACCGAUUUAAGCUGCACAUACCAUAUGCUGGAGAGACCUUAAAAUGGGAUAUCAUUUUCAACGCCCAAUACCCAGAGCUGCCCCCUGAUUUUAUCUUUGGAGAGGAUGCAGAAUUCCUGCCAGACCCCUCAGCUCUGCAUAACCUCGCCUCGUGGAAUCCGUCAGAUCCCGAAACCCAGUUUAUCAUGCCCAAAUAUACAAGAACUGGUGAGUUUUCAGCUCGGUUUCUUCUGAAGUUGCCAGUGGAUUUCACCAACAUUCCCACAUACCUUCUCAAGGAUGUAAAUGAAGACCCUGGGGAAGAUGUGGCCCUCCUUUCUGUCAGUUUUGAGGACACGGAAGCCACUCAGGUGUACCCCAAGCUGUACUUGUCACCUCGGAUUGAACAUGCCCUUGGAGGCUCCUCAGCCCUUCACAUCCCAGCUUUUCCCGGAGGAGGCUGCCUCAUUGAUUACGUUCCUCAAGUGUGUCACCUGCUCACCAACAAGGUGCAGUAUGUGAUUCAAGGAUAUCACAAAAGGAGAGAGUACAUCGCUGCCUUCCUCAGUCACUUUGGCACAGGUGUCGUGGAAUAUGAUGCAGAAGGCUUUACAAAACUCACUCUGCUGCUGAUGUGGAAGGAUUUUUGUUUUCUUGUGCACAUCGACCUACCCCUGUUUUUUCCUCGAGACCAGCCAACGCUCACAUUUCAGUCCAUCUAUCAUUUCACCAACAGCGGUCAACUUUACUCCCAGGCCCAGAAAAAUUAUCCCUACAGCCCCAGAUGGGACGGCAAUGAGAUGGCCAAAAGAGCAAAGGCUUAUUUCAAAACCUUUGUGCCGCAGUUCCAGGAGGCAGCAUUCGCCAACGGAAAGCUCUAGGAAACACCAGGCUUGAGAGGUGGCCAUGCAGCCUGCCCUGUCUACACGCGUGUCAGCACACACAGCUGCUUCCUGGAAGCCACUUGGAAGGUCGCCGUGGAGGUGCUGUGCUCAGACGGCCGUUCUGCUGGCCAAAGCUCCAAUCCCAGAGCCCCUCCUCACCUCUCCUCGCUCCCUCUCUCCUUCAUUCUAUUUUGUAGUUGGGAAGUCACCUAUCACCAGCCAGUGUUUUCCUGGGAAAGUGUGACUUCAGCGUGUACAUGCCUUAUUCCAGAGCUGUGGGCUCUGAGAGCUCAUGUCGGUUUUCAGAUUAAACAUCCAUUUUGCUUAUGUUUUUUUCCUGAA